AAUGCGUGGAAGCAGCGCUAGAGAGCGACUGACGUCACCACUUCCACAACAACAAGAAGCUGAAAAACAAGGAAGUGAAGAGAAGCGUUGUGAAGCCGUAAGCUGUUCUAAGGCCGUGACCAGAUCCGCAGAGCUCGCUUUAAUCACAUAUUGCUCAUCCUCCGGACCAGACCAGAACCAUGAACAACAAAGGUUCAUAUCCACAGCAGACUGUGUACCCUCAGCAGAGCUCUGCACCUGUAUACCCUCCUGCUAUGCAAAUGUCUCCUCAGGCACCUCCUUACACAGACACACCACCUGCAUAUUCUGAGAUAUAUCAGCCCAGAUAUGUGCUUCCACAUCAGGUGCCCAGUCAGGUGGCACAGAUGUCCUCUCACUACCCUGGUGCUCAGAUGUUCAUGCCCAUGCAGCCACACAUGCAAGUUGGGCAAAUGGGCCAGAAUGUCCCCAUGGCUUACUACCCCAUGGGAGCCGUGUACCCCCCUGGUUCAACAGUGAUGGUGGAUAGCGCCUUUGAUGCUGGUGCUCGCUUCACGGCAGGCAGCGGUGUUUCCAUCCCACCCCCACCUCCUGGACACCCCCCCAACGCAGCUCAACUGGCUGCCAUGCAGGGUGCCAACGUUGUAAUGGCACAGCGCAAGAAUAACUUCUUCCUGGGCGGAUCCAAUGGCGGUUAUACCAUCUGGUAACAGCAACUGUCCAACUCCUCCUCCAUGCCUAAACCGUGUCCCCGUCCCAAACGACGCCCCCAGUUCUUCCCCUAUCCCAUACGCCUCCCUCUUCAGGCUGCUUGGCCAUGCCACAAUACUGAUAUCACCUAACGGAAUGUAAUAUUUUAGAGCCCUCGUGAAAAGGUACAGUACUCCACUUCUGACCUAGAGAUCAAACGAUGAAUGCCACUGCCUGGAGAGGACAAAUGCAAAUUUUUUAAAGUUGUAGAAUUCAUUCCAUAAUUCUUCAUUGGGUCUAAACCUCUUUGGUCAUUCCAGAUUGGACCUCUUUCAGGCAUCUGUAUUUGUUCAAGAGACCUGGUCUCCUUUGAUCGAACGGAUCGCAAAUAACAUCGAGAUGUUCUUGUAUACCUGUAAAAGCUAAAUGAAAUAUUGAAAUAUCAGACCCGCAUUAUAUAGUUUAGCUGCUUUAUGGUGAAAGUGAAACGCAGUUACAAAGUUGCAUUAAAAAAAAAUAAAAUUCCAUUUGUCUUUUUUGAGAACUUUUAGUGUAGUUAAAUUAAUAGAUGUGUAAUAGUUUCAUGUAAAUACCAGUAUGAUGAUCAUGAGAAAUUACAUCUCAACUAUACAAAAUAAAAAAAGAAGAAGAAGCAUCUUGGAUGCUUUUAGCUAGAAUCGUCUUGUCCUUUGCACACUAUCUAAAAUAUCACAGCUAAAUUUUGUUGUACAGUCUAUCUGACAAGAUUGUUACAUUUAAAUCACUUGUAAAUUAAAAUAAAUUAAACUGAAGCAAAUAAUUUAAGAAAAGAUUUCAUGCAAUAUCCAAAGUGGUUUACUGUACCUUGUUGGGCAAUUUGUAGAUGAACAUAGUCAAGUGCCAAAGAGCACUGGGGAUAGCCCUAAUUUAAAGCAAAUUAACUUCAGUAAACUUAAAGGAAAGAAAUUAAAGUAAAUCCAAAUAGUAAGUUGAACGGGAAGGGGUGGUUGGUGUAACAUUUUAGCUUUUUUUUUUGUCUUCUGUUUCUAUUUCACAGUCGGAUACCCAGAGUUUAUACACUAAAUGUUUUAUUGUACAGACUUCAAGAACUACCCUCCACUGUUUGUCUUUUCACACAAUAUCAUUUGGUAUCAUCAAAUAUUUAUUCACCGUAGAAAAUGGUCUCCUUUGUGAAAGCAUUAGUUUGGACGUUUUCAAAAGGUCGAGGAGACUUUAAUAAAUAUUUCUUUUUUUCCUUCACUACUUUUCCACAUUGACAUGACUAGUUAGGCGUGUGUUAAUAUAACCAAUGAGCUGGUUGGACCAAACAUUUGGUCUACAAUGCACUUAUGUUUGGUUGUGACUUGAAAUUUGAAAAGUCUCAAUUUCAAAGCAAACAUAUGGUUGAGUGAGCAGGUAUGAGAUUGUCGGUCCUUCAGUCCGACAUGACUGCAGUUGUUAGUCAGCGUGUUAAUGUCACUUUACGUGGGUUAAUCACAUCUUUUAAGUUGUUGCAUACUUUUGCACCUUUGCUAUGUAAACAUUUGAUUAAACACUUUUUAUCUGAGAUGCACUGCAAAGCAAAAUGGGAGAGGUUGCAGACAAGGGGUUACUCUCUUUCUUUAAAUUCUGUUUUCAUGACUUUUUUAAAAAAGCUGUGAGAUUUCUGAACAUUUUUAGAUUAAACAAAUCAUCAAGUCCAUUUGAAAGUGUCGUGUUGUGUAGUAGCCUGAACGUGUAUGCAAGCUUGCAAUGAGGCUACAUCACUGUCAGAAUAAUUGUUCAUUUCCAAGACAUUUUUGUGCUGCUAAUUAAACUUUAGAAUACUUCCAUGUUAUCUUACAAACUUAAAUAAGGUAUCUGAAACUAGCCGAGUCAGUAUGGAUGCCCUAUAUUUGUAGAUAUCCUUCAUUUUGGUGUCUGGUAGCGUCAAUGUGUCACUGGGUAUCCGACACGCCGUAUCAAGUUUUAACAGCUGUGGCCACCAGAAAACAAAUGCUGUCGACCGACAAUCAGCGAUUUCAGCGUUAAGUCCGAGAGACCAGCUGUCUGGAAAUGUGCUCCGUUCAUCUGAUGAACUCCUAUCAGCAGCUCGUACACAAAGCUUCAACACCAGACGGGACUGACGUGUCACUUGAGUGUUCUUUAAAAUGGCUCAAUGUUCAUUUAUUGUCACUCAUGCGGUUGUUUCACACGGAGGCCACAGCUAUUAAAACUUUAAAAUAGAAUUCUUUCUUUUUUUCCAUCUCUUGUUUAUAAAGCAGCAUAAUGGUGGCUUCGUCCCAGCAAUAUGAAGUACUGUAAACUACAGCUGACCAGUAGAUGCUAUGCCAACCACAGCCAGCAAAAUGGAUUAACUCUCUGUUGAAGGAUUAUGGACAUUUAUAGUUCAGGGAUUCUCUUUACAAUAUUUUGUAAAAUAGAUGUAUGUACUAAAGUGAUGUGAUAGACUUUGGUACACAUUCUAUCUUUUAAGAUUACUAAAGGAGAUGAGUGUCAAAGAUGGAAUAAUACUUUGAAAAAAGGUCUUAGGUGCACUUAACUUUUUUAUACUAAACUUAAAAUUUAAAAUGUAAGUUUAGAAUAAAGGUUAUUUUGGAAAUUUGAAAUGCUGCAUGUUUGUUUAAUUUUAUUUACAUAUACAAUGUAUUAGGACAAGUUUUUAUUUCAAGAUUGUGACCUGAGAUAACAUCUGGGAUUCUUGUUUUGUUGUGAUUAGAGCUUAACUGUUGUCUUUCCCUGGCCAGACUGCAUCACAGGUGAUUGAUCGUUUUACCAACUUACUUGAUUGUUUGAGUGGAUGCUUCUACUUGCUUGGCCUUCAUACCGAUAUCAAGAUUUUUUUGUCAUAAAUAAUUACCACCCACCUUAGUUUAGUAUACAUACUGUAUGAAAGAGUCAAUAACCAAAAUAUUGUCACUUUGAUAUAAAAGGUAUUGAGUCAAA